AUGAGCGUCGUCUUCGAGACUCGCAACUUUAUCCACGAUGGCAACUAUCCGCCCAUGGAUGAGCACCACCACGAUCCUAACCCCGACCCCGACCGCUUCUCAGAUCCGACAGACGCUGUUGUCAACGAGUUGGCCACGGUCGCAACGUUUAAUGCUCCGCCACCCAACUUCGUUGACACAUCGGAGCCCCGUCUCGACCUCGGUGCUCCGCCACUGUCAAAAGAGGACUCGCCUACCGCGACAACGCCCCAGCGCAUCAAGGCGAUACCGAAGCCGGACCGCGAGGUGACCAAAAAUAUCGACGGCAAAUAUGUGUGUACCUGGCCGGGGUGCAGCGAAGACAUGAAGGAGUUUGGUCGCAAAUGCGAGUGGAACAAACACAUGGACAAGCAUGAUCGCCCAUAUAAGUGCGCCGCCAUAGGUUGCGAGAAGCUUCCUGGUUUCACAUACUCGGGCGGGCUGCUGCGGCACGAGCGAGAGGUGCACGGGAAGCACGGCGGUCCCAAAAACUCGUUCAACUGUCCGCACGUCAACUGCAAGCGCCACACGAACAAGGGCUUCUCUCGACUGGAGAACCUGAACGAGCAUCUGCGGCGAGUGCACACGCAAAAUGGGGCGCCAAACGGAACCGAGGGCGAGACCGAUGACGCGGCCAGCGACGCUGCGGCGGGUCCAAAACGCAAGCGCGAGCCCGAGGAGGGCGCGGACUUGCGUGAGGAGAUCAAGCGAGUGCGGCUCGAAAACGAGGAGCUGCGCCGGCAGGUCGAUGCGCAGAACCGGCAGACGGUGUCAAUGAUGCAUAAGAUUGCUCAGCUCCAGGAGGCUUUGCAGCCGCGCCUUGCGCCUCAGGCUCCUAUGGCGGCCGCAACAAUGAUUUAG